AUGCGAGAAUACAAAAUUGUUGUGUUGGGAAGUGGCGGUGUUGGGAAAAGUGCAUUGACCGUUCAGUUCGUGCAAGGGAUCUUUGUCGAGAAAUAUGAUCCAACAAUCGAGGACAGCUAUCGAAAGCAAGUUGAAGUGGACGGACAGCAGUGCAUGCUGGAGAUUCUCGAUACGGCCGGAACUGAACAAUUCACGGCAAUGCGUGAUUUGUAUAUGAAGAAUGGCCAAGGUUUUGUACUGGUCUAUUCAAUAACAGCACAAUCGACGUUCAACGAUUUAAUGGAUCUUCGGGAGCAAAUUCUCAGAGUGAAAGACACUGAAGAUGUGAGUUUCGUUUAA